AUGAAAGGUUCCCCAGUAACACGGAGGGCGACCAAGCCCUCAGUGAUCACAUGGUUCCGUGUCACUACAACCCCGACACCAACAGGUUCCGUGUCGCCACAACCCCGACAUCAACAAGUUCCGUGUCACCACAACCCCCGACACCAACAGGUUCCGUGUCGCCACAACCCCGACACCAACAGGUUCCGUGUCACCACAACCCCCGACACCAACAAGUUCCGUGUCGCCACAACCCCCGACAACAACAGGUUCCGUGUCGCCACAACCCCAGACACCAACAGGUUCCGUGUCGCCACAACCCCGACACCAACAGGUUCCGUGUCGCCACAACCCCGACAACAACAGGUUCCGUGUCGCCUCAACCCCCGACACCAACAGGUUCCGUGUCACCACAACCCCCGAAACCAACAAGUUCCGUGUCACCACAACCCCCGAAACCAACAAGUUCCGUGUCGCCACAACCCCGACACCAACAGGUUCCGUGUCGCCACAACCCCAGACACCAACAGGUUCCGUGUCACCACAACCCCCGACACCAACAAGUUCCGUGUCGCCACAACCCCGACAACAACAGGUUCCGUGUCGCCACAACCCCAGACACCAACAGGUUCCGUGUCGCCACAACCCCCGAAACCAACAGGUUCCGUGUCGCCACAACCCCGACACCAACAGGUUCCGUGUCGCCACAACCCCGACAACAACAGGUUCCGUGUCGCCACAACCCCGACACCAACAGGUUCCGUGUCGCCACAACCCCGACAACAACAGGUUCCGUGUCACCACAACCCCCGACACCAACAGGUUCCGUGUCGCCACAACCCCGACACCAACAGGUUCCGUGUCGCCACAACCCCGACACCAACAGGUUCCGUGUCACCACAACCCCAGACACCAACAGGUUCUGUGUCACCACAACCCCCGACAUCAACAAGUUCCGUGUCGCCACAACCCCAGACACCAACAGGUUCUGUGUCACCACAACCCCAGACAUCAACAAGUUCCGUGUCACCACAACCCCCGACACCAACAAGUUCCGUGUCGCCACAACCCCCGACACCAACAGGUUCCGUGUCGCCACAACCCCAGACACCAACAGGUUCCGUGUCGCCACAACCCCAGACACCAACAGGUUCCGUGUCCCUUCACAACCCCGUCAACAAACCUCUGGUGUGA